CCAAAAUGGAGUCGUCCUAUAUUUUGGUUAUUUUAUUAGGACUUUUAACGUUAUUUAAAGAAGGCUCUGGAUUACUACUAUGUCACCGAUGUUACAGUGCUAUGGGUGGAUGUGGUGAUGAUGUCAACUGGAGAAUGUAUCCAUGGAGAACCUGUGGUGACUCUGAUUUCUGUGUAAAAGUUGUCAUUAAAAAGGGAGGUGAAACUCACUAUAUUAGAGAAUGUGAGAGUAAUUUAUUAAAAUCAACCAGACAUAGACUACAGAUGCCUUUACUACGCAGACAUAAUUACUGUCUACCAGCACGGAAGAAUGACCCCAGUAAUCCUACAGAUUUAACUAAUCCAGAUAUCAUGUAUUGUUUCUGUGAUGAAUAUUGGGGAUGUAAUUCUUCAGGACAUCUUAAAGCUAAUUUACUUUCAAUUUCCACUUUUACAUCAUUGGUCAUCUUUCUUGUACAGAAAUUAUUAUAGAACAGAUUUAUCAUUGCUUUUAACCCUCCACAUGCAAUUGAUUAAUUUCGGAACGAAAGUGCAUGACAAAAAGUCUCGGCUAUAUUUCCAGAUUUUUUUUUCUCAAAUUUUCCUAAAUAUUCAUUACAAAAGAGAAUGAGAUUCAAAUUUUUUUAAAACCUUAUUUUAUGUGGAUUAUUUUAAAAGAAUUAGAGAUGCCACACAACUAAUCGUUAGAGCCCUAUUGUUAACUUUUGGCCCUAUUAUUAAGAUGAAGUUCUGUAAAUAAUAGGAAGAGCCACACUGUUUUAACAAUCAAUGUUACUUUAUACUAGAAUACUUACUUGCAAAGUAAUACAGAUGCUUUUAUAAUGAAUUAAUGCUUGAAUUUUUUAAAUAAUUUGAAAACAUUUUUUUUGUCUUUUUAAUCAAAUUAAUGAAAUUAGGAACCAUUGUAAUUAUGUUCAUUCUGUAUCAUACCAUUUUCUCUGUAUAUUAAAUAUAUGUUUAUUCAUGAUGUACUAUAUAAACAAUCUGUCAAUAAUACUACCUAUUUUAAACUUUACAUAUCCAAAUUGUAGAGUAAUAUUGUUGAAGUAAGAGUUUUGUAUAUAUAAAAAAAAGAACACACAGUCCAUUUGAUAAGCAAUUCUAUUUUUGAAAAUAUACCGUAAAUGGAAAGACAAAGCUAAUUCUAUAUCUUUUAACUAAUGGCUGUUUUAUAGUCUCUUAUAAACUAAGACAUUUUUUAGUCAAUAAAAUACUGAAAUUUCCUAUGUUGUACUAAAUGUUAUAUGGGAUUGGCAAGUUCAUAAAUAGGAGAAUCAAGUGGAUCACAAUAACCUUAAAAAAUUAAAAAAGGUAUAAGCUUUGCUUUCCGUUAAAUAAAUCAUAGAUUACAUUCCAUUUUUUAAAUUUUGUAUUAUAAUCAUUUUGAUUCAUGAAUAUAUUUUUAUACUCUAUUCUCAUUGUAAAUAAACUCUUUUUAUAUGCAG